GCAUUGUCUGCAUGGAUCGGUAACGAUAGAUAUUUUCAAGUUGUGUGAAGUGGAAUUGAAUAUGAUAUUUCGGUCUAGGUGCUAUGUAUCCUUCGAAGAUUUGUGUUUCCAGUAGAAACAUUGCUGGAAUAUUACCCUUAAAGUGUAAUGCAUUUUCCUGGUAAACUGUAAACGUCUGUUUAUGAAAGCGCUACUUAUUUUAUCAGGCAUAGCUACAUGGGUUUCAUUUGAAGUUCAUAAUAUACCAAGAUUUUUAAUUGUGCAUAGUUUUUAUGUUUAAAUGGCGAAGAUAAAUCAUUCUCAUUAUUGUUACACGAAGCUUGAUUUUCACAGGAAGAAUAAUUUCACUGAAUUUGGCUAAUGAGAACAGGGUGUCUUUUGUUAAAUGCCCAUGCUGAGUAAACAUCGUCAUAGCAGGAUGAUGCGACUAUGCAUAUUGAGAUGAAUUGCUAAUGGGUUACACCUAUGGCAGGCAGUACAAAACCUCUCAGCCUUCUGGAGCCCGAAGUUAUCAUUACUGUGAAGGAAGAGCAAGAAGAUGGGAGAAUUUCUGAAGACAUGUCUGAUCAAAUUGAGAAUAGUGAAUUAAUUUUAGACAUGAAAGGCACUGAGAAAGGAGCUGUUAAUGAAGUGAAGGUAGGCAACAUUCAAGUGGGACUGCAGCUCUUCUCAGUAAACAGAGCACAUGGAGUGACGAAUAUCUACAAUGAAGCACUGGAUUUGUCUUUUGGAAGGAAUGCAGUUUCAAAAGAAGUGGAAGAAAUUGUUAAUCAGCAGACAUAUGCCAUUAAUGAAGAUGUGAAUAAGUUUGCAUGUCAAGCGUGUGGAAAAUGUUUCAGCCGGCGGAGUACAUUAGAUAUUCAUAGUGUUGUUCAUUCUGCCCUCAGACCUUUUGAAUGCAGUGAAUGUGGUAAAGCAUUCAAAACGAAGUCAUACUUCAAUCAACAUCGAGUCCUCCAUAUGGGUGAAGUUCAUGAAUGUUUAGUAUGUAGUAAAACAUUUAAGCAUAAGUAUGAUCUAGCAAGGCACUUUAAACUUCAUGAAGGUUCUGGCUAUAAGUGCAGUGCUUGUGAGAAACAAUUCUGUUCCUCCCAGCAGCUGCAAGACCAUAUGAGGACUCACACAGGUGAAAAGCCUUACCAAUGUUUUGAGUGUAAACGAUCGUUCAAACAAAGGGCCCAUCUUGCACGUCAUGUGAGGCAGCAUACAGGAGAACGUCCACACGAAUGUUCCAUUUGUCAGAAAGCUUUUGUGAGUAAGCAUGAUCUCACUGUUCAUGUAAGGGUACACACUGGUGAGAAACCAUACAAAUGUGAUGAAUGUCACCUCAUGUUCAAGGAUAAUCGUGCUCUAAAGAAACACACUGUUACACAUACUGGAAUAAAACAUCAUGUUUGUUUGGUAUGUGAAAAGGCAUUCUCACGAAGAGCAGAUCUGCAGAAUCAUAAUAGGACUCAUACUGGUGAAAAGCCUCACGUGUGUAGUGUGUGUAAAAGGGCUUUUGCUGUGAAAGGUCAGCUUUUAAAGCACACCAAGAGAAUCCACAACAGACUUAAAUAAGACUCAGUCGAAUGAGAAAUGUCUUGUACUCUUGUGUCUCACAAUGAAUGUGCUAAAUAAAAUAAUGUUAUAAUUUUA